CCUCUGCGCUAACUAUAGAUGUUAACGCGAUGCAAAAUAGCUGCCGAUGAGAUGGAGUGAGUCGGUUGUUUUGUCUCUACACGGUACCACCUUCAGUGCCGUACAGCAGCGUAUCAGACAGAUCAGCUUACCUAUGAUAUCGUUAGAUACUAGACCGGUCAGUACGACACAUGUAUACUAUUAGGAACCACAGCGCCCAGUGCAAGAGCCACGCUAUGACAGCUACUGAAAGCAACCAUGCCGAUUUAUGCUCGGCAGGUGCUGGUCCUAGGUCGUUUUGGUCGCUUUAUAGUCAAACGACGCCUUACUUCAAAACUCCCUACCUGCGCAAACCUCACUCCCUCGCCGAUCCCGACUCUAUAUGUGGCUGUGCCGAUGCCGGCCCAUCGCCAGGGAGUUCUGAAUGCGGCUCCGGCAGCUCGGCCUGUAGCUCAAGAGGGCGCGACGAGUUGUGCAGCUCGAACAGCUGCGUGCUGUGCAGCUCCUGCUCCUGCAGACCCUGCAGCUCGACCCGCGGCGAGCUUUGCAGUUCCUGCACUUGGGGACCGCCUUUUUCCUGCUCGUCUGAGGCGUCUGAUCCUCCUCCUCCUCCUGCUGCUGCUGCUCCUGAUUCUGAUCCUGCUCCGUCCCGUUUGAUGCCCCGUCGUCGUAGCAGCCAUGCACUAGUUGCUAGUGCGCCGAGGCCUAUGACGCCUACGCCCACUGCGACGCCUGAUCCGGCUUUGGCGCCUGUGCUGAGUGCGGGCGAGCCGUGUGUUUGGUCUGGUGGGGAUGUGAUUGUGGCGCUGGUGGUGCUGGAAGCAGUUGUGAAAGAUGCGGUCUUCAUAUAGGCCGCUAUGGAGGAGCUGGCGGCGCUGUUGACUGCCGCGUUGGAGUGCUGCGCGUUGACGAUGGCCUCGUUUUAAGUGAAGUUCUGUUGGGGGUUCAUGA